UUGGGUGGCUCUGAUCCCGCGGCGGCGAGGUCCGUGAGAGCUCGCAGUGAUCGCAGUGAGUUCUAGGUAUCCUGCGCAAUGCCCGGGAUCACGUCUUGCGCAGGGGGAUCAUCGCUUUGGCGUGGCGCUCGGGUGCCAAACUGGCAACAUUUGUCUUGAGACAAAUGCUUGCUCCUUGCCAAGUAAGAAGAAAUGGAUGAGUUUCGUUGCAUUCUUCUUUGGUUUCUUCUUUAGUUCCGGAUUGCAUUGGGUGAAGAUGGAUUGAGAGAAAGGUGUGAUGAAACUAGCCGUGGUUCUAUUGCUUUCGUGCCUCACCGCUGCUGUUGGACGAGAGUUUGUCGUUGGAGAUAACUUGAGUUUUCGGUACUACAAUCGGACGCUCGCAAAGAUCAUGGUCCGCUAUGCAUCAGCGGUGUAUCUAGAUGAUUCAGCCUCCUUGCUGAAGUGGAAUUGCUCACGUUGCAACGGUGUGAUAAAGGAUUUUCAUGUCACAGCUCUUGUCGUGGAUGUUCGACAUUGUCUACAGGCAUUUGUUGGUGUAUCCGAGAGUCUACAUGCUAUUGUGAUUGCCUUCCGAGGAACUCAAGAAAACAGCAUGGCAAACUGGAUGGAGGAUUUGUAUUUCAAGGAGCUCGAUUUAAACUAUCCCGGAACUAAGGAUGCCAAGGUCCACCAUGGUUUCUACUCGGCUUAUCACAACACCAGUAUGCGAGCAAGCAUAAUGGCAGCUAUAAGUUACAUAGAGCAAACGCGGCACGGGCUGAAGUACAUGGUGACGGGCCACUCCAUGGGAGGAGCUCUUGCCUCGUUUUGCGCACUCGAUCUCAUUGUAAAUUACAAAGUUUCCACAGACGAUGUAGAGAUAGUCACGUUUGGACAGCCACGCCUCGGCAACACUGUCUUCGCAAAGUUUUUCAGCAAGCACUUGCCAAGAGCGAUACGAAUGACUCACGGUCACGAUAUGGUUCCGCACCUCCCUCCAUAUCUCUCCUUCCUCGGAGCUCGAAGCUACCAUCACUUCGCAAGAGAGGUGUGGAUCACAACUCUGUCGAUAGGAAUUCUCACCUUCGAGUAUGAGCGAGUUUGUGACAGCUCUGGCGAAGAUCCAACUUGUAGCAGGUCCGUGUCUGGCAAUAGUAUCGAGGACCAUUUCAUCUACUUGGGAGUUUAUCUUGGCUCCGGAGACACGUAGUUUUCUUCUCCCAGAAAAGAAAAUAGAGGAGCCAAGCGAGCGAAAAAAAGUAUAUCCAGAAAUUCAAAUUUAUUCUUACCACUCAAAA